AUGGACCUGGAGAUAAAAAGGAAGAGGAGAAAGAGGGUUGUAUUGGGUCAGCCGAAGAUUAGGUGGGACUCUUUGAACAAGGACAAUGCCCAGGAGCUGGGGAAGCGGUUGAGGGAGAAUGGAGCCUGGAGGAGUAGUGGGGAUGCGAGUAGUAUGUGGACUACGACGUCUGCUAACAUUAGGGAAGUGGCAAGAGAGGUGCUAGGGGUCUCAAAGGGUUACUCUGGCAGAUACAAAGGGGACUGGUGGUGGAACGGAGAGGUACAAGGUAAAGUGGAAGCUAAGAAAAUCGUGUAUCUAAAGCUAGUAGAAAGCACAUAUGAGGAAGGGAAGAGGACUAACAGGGAGCUGUAUAAGAAAGCGAGGAAGGAGGCGAAGUUAGCGGUUACGGCGGCUAAGACGGCUGCUUUUGGAUGUUUGCGGGUCAAGGCUGAAGAGGUCGAGGGGGUUAUGCGGAAGAUGAGCAAGGGGAGGGCGACCGGACCAGAUGAAAUACCGGCAGAAUUUUGGAAGAAUGCGGGUAGGGGAGGCUUGGAGUGGCUUACGCGGUAUUUGAAUGUUAUUUUUAGGACGGCGGAGAUGCCUGAAGAGUGGAGAUGGAGCACCAUGAUUCCGUUGUAUAAAAACAAGGGGGAUAUUCAGAACUGCAACAAUUAUAGGGGUAUCAAGCUAUUGAGCCAUACGAUGAAAGUUUGGGAGAGAGUGUAUACGGAUAAGAAGACUGACUUGCACAUAGUGUUUGUCGACCUUGAGAAGGCUUACGACAAAGUCCCAAGAGAGGUGCUGUGGAGAUGUCUGGAAGCUAGAGGUGUUCCUGUAGCAUACAUUAGAGCGAUUAAGGACAUGUAUAAUGGAGCCAAAACCCGGGUGAGGACGGUUGGAGGUGACUCGGAACACUUUCCAGUCACGAUGGGCCUGCACCAGGGGUCCGCGCUUAGCUCGUUUCUGUUUGUUGUGGCAAUGGACGUUCUGACAAGCCACAUUCAAGGAGAGGUACUGUGGUGCAUGUUGUUUGCAGAUGACAUUGUACUUAUUGACGAGUCGCGGAGCAGUGUUAACGCGAGACUGGAGGUUUGGCGACAGACUCUGGAGUCGAAGGGUUUCAAGUUGAGCAGGACUAAGACAGAGUACUUAGAGUGCAAGUUCAGUUAUGGGAGUCAAGUAGAGGAUGAGGACGUGCAGCUGGAUACUCAGGUCAUCCCGAAGAAAGAAAGUUUCAAGAUAAUAGGUUCUACUAUAGGCAUUCUUUUCCCUGAUGGUUUAACAUUAUCUAUGGGUUCUCCUGCUGUUCUAAAAACUCUUCUCAUAGGUACAUUUCCUGUACUUGUAUCUGCAGUAUAUUGUUUUUCAACAGUUGUUCUUUGA